AAAUGUGUGGCUUCAUAGCUGUAGAUAUCCAGAAAAUUUAAUUAAGUUAGUAGAAGCGACGUGCUCAGUUUUAGCAAUGGCAAACGAUAGCGACAAAAAGUCUGCUCCGGGAAACGGUGGUCCUGCUUUAUCAGAAACAUGCAGCAAGCUGAAGAUCCUUGCAUUGCACGGUUACCGGCAGAACGGCGACGCUUUUAGAUCGAAGCUGGGUUCAUUCAGAAAAUUUAUCAACAAAUAUGCCGAGUUAGUUUUUGUAACGGCUCCGCACGUAGCUCCGCCGUUGCCUGACUGUGAGCCUGGUACUAUGCCGGAUCCUGCUCAGCGAAGCUGGUGGUUCAACAAAGAAGACGGUUCAUUUAAGGGAACCAACAAAAACGGGCCAGCGAUUGGUUUCGAGGAGAGUUUAAAAUUGGUAGAAAAAACAUGGAAGACAGAACAGUGCUGUGGACUAUUAGGAUUCUCGCAAGGAGCCUGUUUUGCCGGAUUGUUGUGUGAUUUAAGUGCUCGGGGGAUGACCUGCAUCAAACCUGAGUUUGCAGUUUUAUCGUCCGGUUUUCGCUCCGGAAGUCUGGUACAUCUUAACUUUUACGAAAAUAAAGUACAGAUUCCUUCCUUGCAUAUUUUUGGGGAAACAGACGAGAUUAUACCCAAAGCUUUGAGUAUUGCACUGACGGAAACCUUUGUCGACCCGCAGAUUUUGAUGCAUACCGGAGGUCAUUUUUUGCCAGCACAGGCGGCUCAGAAGACUACCUAUCUGGAUUUCUUCCGAGAUCGUCUACAGUAUCAUCUAGAAGCGAAAGAAAUUGAAAAUGCCUCUCUAGCAAACAGCAUACUGAUAGAUGGAGAUAACGCUGGGGUUGCUGCUAAUGACGAUGACGAUUCGGAUUGAUCUAAAAAAUACCACGUCCCAAUCGAGCACUAAUUUAUUAAAUUCUCAAUUUAAUUACAAAUGUAGAAAAUAAACAUACACAAAACGA